AUGAUAAAGUGUCCAUGUCCUAAAUGUGGGUUUCAACUUAUGCAAACAAGAGAGGAUGCAUACAACCAUCUGUUGUUACGACCAUUUCCCCCUGGAUAUACUAUUUGGGUGCGUCAUGGUGAGAAUCCGGUUGAAGAGAGUCCUAGAUUGGGACGAGUAGAUGACAAUCUGAUACCCCAAGUGAAUCCAAUGCACCAAAUGGUCAAUGAGGCCUUCAAUUUCACGAUACAACAUGAGAGUGAGGAUAUCACAACACUCGAACAUGCAGAAGAUGAUGAAGACGUGUUACCGAGCUUGUAUGAAGGUCCAAGUCGCGCGGCGCGGAAUUUUAACGAUCUACUGUCAGAUGGAGAACAGGAGUUAUAUCCCGGAUGCUCAAAGUACUCCAAUUUAUCGUUUUUAGUGAAGCUUUAUCAUAUCAAGUGUAUGUGCGGUGUGAGUGACAAGGCAAUGACAAUGAUUCUUGACUUACUGCGGGACGCAUUCGAACAAGCAAAACUUCUGAAUACAAUGUAUGAAGCCAGGAAGACAAUAAGAAAGCUGGGUAUUGAAUACACCAAGAUAGAUGCUUGUCCAAAUGAUUGUAUGCUGUACCGAGGUGAUGAUGCAAACCUGACAAGGUGCAAGAAAUGUGGGUGUUCAAGAUGGAAGCAGAAGACUAAAAAGGGCUCUAUUCUUAGGCUCAACGUACCAGUGAAGAGAAAUGGAAAACCUAUAGCAGCCAAAACCCUUCGUUACUUUCCCCUCAUACCACGACUACAGCGGUUAUUCAUGUGCAGCAAGACAUCGAGUGAUAUGUUAUGGCAUUCACAGGCGUCUAAUAACGAUAGUUUCCUUAGGCAUCCAAGGGACGCUGAAGCUUGGAAAAAGUUUGACGCAAAGUAUACUAAUUUUUCGGCGGAUCCGCGCAAUGUUUGUCUAGCAUUGGCGAGCGAUGGAUUUAAUCCCUUUGGGAAUAUGAGCACAAAGUACUCCAUCUGGCCUGUGAUUCUUAUUUCGUAUAAUCUACCACCCUGGAUUUGCAUGAAGCAGACAUCUUUCAUCCUAUCCACGCUUAUUCCUGGGCCGAAAAUGCCAGGUAACGACAUAGAUGUUUAUUUGCAGCCUUUGAUAGAUGAGUUGAAGCAAUUAUGGGAUGGCGUUGAAACCUAUGAUGCUAAAGAGGGAAACACUUUCAAGAUGUGUGCGGCACUGAUGUGGACUAUCAGUGACUUUCCAGGAUUGGGAAACCUAUCUGGCUGGAAUACGCACAGUGGGUUAGCCUGUCCUACGUGUAACUUGGAUGCUAAGCCACAUCGGCUGAAAGACAGUCAAAAAUGGUGUUUCAUGGGCCAUCGACGCUUUUUAAAUCAGGGACACAAAUACAGACUAGACCGGAAUAGAUUUGACGGGCAGGUCGAAGGUAGAGAUCCGCCAAAGAAGUUAUCUGGAACAGAUGUAUUGAGGCAACAGUCCAAUGUACACGUUUCAUUUGGGAAGAGUUCAAGUGUGACAUCCAAAAAAAGACGCAAUGGCCAGGAUGUGGAUGAAGAUGACUCGCAUUGGAAGAAGAAAAGUGUAUUCUUUGACCUACCGUACUGGGAGGAUCAGAUGUUGCGUCAUAACCUCGAUGUGAUGCAUAUAGAAAAAAACGUGUGCGACAAUGUAGUCUUCACUAUCUUAAACGAUAGCGGCAAAUCUAAAGACAAUGUUAAAGCUCGCAGAGAUUUACAAUGCAUGGGUAUAAGGCCUGAAUUAUGGCCGGGAGAAGGUGGUAAAUAUCCUUCUGCAAUAUUUGCGAUGUCGAAUUCACAGAGAGAUGUAUUCCUGAAGACUUUGCAGAAUGUGAUUUUUCCAGAUGGUUACUCUAGCAAUGUUGCUCGUUGUGUUGAUUUGCGACAACGCAAGUUAUCUGGGUUGAAAAGUCAUGACUGUCAUAUUCUGAUGGAACAAUUACUCCCAAUUUUAGUGAAGAAUGCACUUCCGAGUCCGGUGUCCAAUGUGAUUGCAAAUUUGUCGUCAUUUUUCCGAAAACUUUGUGGGAAAGCCAUAAACCCUAUGCAGCUUGCUGAGCUUCAGAAUCAUGUUGUGCAAACCUUGUGUCAGAUGGAAAUGAUUUUUUCUCCAUCCUUCUUCACCAUCAUGGUUCACCUCACCGUGCAUCUCGUUGUUGAAGUUACUCUUGGUGGACCAGUACAUUAUAGGUGGAUGUAUCCAAUAGAAAGGUAUUUAGGACGUCUGAAGCAAUAUGUUCGUAAUAGGGCACAACCGGAAGGCUCAAUUGCAGAAGGCUAUUUAUCUGAGGAAAUCCUGAUUUUCUGUUCUAGGUAUUUGGAUAACAUUGAGACUAGAAUCAACCGACCAGGGCGAGUUGAUGAUGAGCCCGUUGACCUUCGUCAUAAUUCAGGGGAAAGUAUGUUCCCAGCUAUUGGAAAGGCAUUAGGGGCUGUAUCGCAUUUCGACCUCAGUCCAAUGGAAAAACAUCAAGCUCAUCGUCAUGUGCUAGUCAACUGCGAUGCCGUGGUUCUUAUGGAAAGUACGCUUCAAUCGAAAGACCUGCAGUUGCUUGCGUGCGGUCCCAUGAUUCAGGCCAGACGUUUUUGGGCGUAUAAUGUUAACGGGUACAAGUUUAGAACUAUCUCAAAGGAAAACGAGAUGAAAACACAAAAUAGUGGAGUAUAUGUAUCAUCUAAUACAAGAAGUUAUGCAAGCAUGCGUGAUAAUAGAGUGGCUGUUGGUGGUGUUCCGUAUUACGGAAAAAUUGUAAACAUAAUUGAAUUAAAUUAUAGUUGUUCCUUCACAGUGGUAUUGUUCAAAUGUGUUUGGGCUGAUACCACUACCAGUAGAGGCAUCAAACAAGACCAUUUGGGGCUUACCAGCGUUAAUUUCUCUCGUCCAAUACACACUGGUAAUCGUGAAGAAGAUGAACCGUACAUAUUGGCAUCAGAGGCUUAG